CUUCUCAUGACAGAACAGACAAACAGACAAUCCUUCAAAAAUAUCAUGCCACUCUAUUAAUUGUUAUUAUUAUUCGCAUUUUCCUUCUUUAACAUCUUCCCCUCAAUAAAUACUCCUUUCAUUUCCUUCUCUCCACUCCAAACAACAUUUAAGAAAACCCUUAAACCUCUUUGCCUUUUUUAUUUUUCGUUUCAUUUUCGACGAAAUAACAAUGAGGGAAAUCCUUCACGUGCAAGGAGGCCAAUGCGGGAACCAAAUCGGAUCCAAGUUUUGGGAAGUGAUCUGCGACGAGCACGGUGUUGAUCCUACCGGAAAGUACAAUGGAGAUGGAUCAUCCGAUAUCCAACUGGAGCGGAUCGAUGUGUAUUACAACGAGGCUUCCGGUGGAAGGUACGUCCCUCGUGCGGUUCUCAUGGAUCUUGAACCCGGUACCAUGGAUAGUAUCAGAUCCGGUCCCAUUGGCCAGAUCUUUAGACCUGAUAAUUUCGUGUUUGGACAAUCCGGUGCCGGAAACAACUGGGCCAAAGGUCAUUACACUGAAGGAGCUGAGUUGAUUGAUGCUGUUCUUGAUGUUGUUCGUAAAGAGGCCGAGAAUUGUGAUUGCCUGCAAGGCUUCCAGGUAUGUCAUUCACUCGGAGGAGGCACAGGCUCUGGCAUGGGAACUCUCCUGAUAUCAAAAAUCAGAGAGGAGUAUCCCGACAGAAUGAUGAUGACAUUUUCUGUUUUCCCUUCACCCAAAGUUUCUGACACCGUUGUGGAGCCUUAUAAUGCCACCCUUUCUGUGCAUCAGUUGGUAGAGAAUGCUGAUGAAUGCAUGGUUCUUGACAAUGAGGCACUUUAUGAUAUUUGCUUCCGAACCCUGAAGCUCACUACUCCAAGCUUUGGAGAUCUAAACCACUUGAUUUCUGCUACUAUGAGCGGUGUAACAUGCUGCCUAAGGUUCCCCGGACAGCUGAACUCUGACCUCCGAAAGUUGGCUGUGAACCUGAUCCCGUUCCCACGUCUUCACUUCUUUAUGGUUGGUUUUGCACCACUUACAUCUCGUGGUUCUCAGCAGUACGUUUCUCUCACUGUCCCAGAGCUAACUCAGCAGAUGUGGGAUGCGAAGAACAUGAUGUGUGCUGCUGACCCUCGCCAUGGUCGCUACCUGACAGCGUCAGCCAUGUUCCGAGGCAAGAUGAGCACCAAAGAGGUUGAUGAACAGAUGAUGAAUGUCCAGAACAAGAAUUCAUCUUACUUCGUGGAGUGGAUUCCCAAUAAUGUGAAAUCCAGUGUUUGUGAUAUCCCACCAAGGGGUCUGAAGAUGUCUUCUACUUUCAUAGGGAACUCCACGUCAAUCCAGGAGAUGUUUAGGAGGGUGAGCGAGCAAUUCACAGCGAUGUUCCGUCGCAAGGCCUUUUUGCAUUGGUAUACUGGUGAGGGAAUGGAUGAGAUGGAGUUCACAGAAGCAGAGAGCAACAUGAAUGACUUGGUUGCAGAGUAUCAACAAUAUCAGGACGCAACUGUGGAAGAUGAGGAAGAGUACGAGGGGGAAGAGGGUCUUGAUGAGAACUAUGAGACCUAAAAUGCGUUGGCAAUUACCAUAUAUCAAAACCUGCAUGAAGUUCGAGAAUAGCAGCAACUUUUGCCUAGUUAUAUACUGCCGUGUGGCUAUCCGUGUGUGUCUAAAUUUUCUGCUCUGUUCGUUCCUUUGUAUUCCGACAAUGAAGAUGUUUGCUUUUCUUCAGACAUUCAAAUAAAGAAACGAUCAGUUUCAGUUUUA